UGUUGGCAACGUCGCGCAACUGCCUCGUAUCUUUGACAGGGAGAGCGCUCGCUGAUAGAACCGAGAGGCGAUAUACAGCAGGCUUUGGAAGAUCGUCGUUGGCUUGGCAAACAGACAAGGCUGGACAACUUUGCUCGUUAGCGUUGCUUGAUCAGUGCUCAAGCCGACAGGACUGUGUGAGCGGCACGAGGUUGACUUGAUGUAUGAUGAUGGAUCCCUGGGGCUGCUAGGCAAGAAGAUGCCGUCGAAAGUGAAGAGUAAUGGAGAGGCGGGGUGUCGAAAGUUGCACGUCGUUGGAAGUGUGGUGACCACAAAUCAGAGAAUCGAGCGAGCCAGGCAGAUUGUGGUGUGAUGCGCGAGACCCUGAUGCUAGCAACGAGUGCAAAGAGGUGGUGGAGGAAUGAAGGCGUCACUGGUGACUGCUUUGAACAUCAACCCACUGUUGUUGAGCUAGCCUGAGCCCAUCGUAGUCGUAGUCGCGAGUGUGAAGGCGGUAGACGCUGUCAGGCAGGCAUCCUGUGAUUCAAGGCCUAGCAAGAUCAGCAGAGCAACGUUACGCAUGCCUAUGUGGUCUCACUCGACCCAGCAAUGUCCGCUAGUGUCGACUACAAUUCUUGCAAGGUGAUGAUUGUGUGCUUUGUAUAUAGCGGCGCGGCGAGCCAGUCGGAAGAGCAAGAAUCGAGCGAGCGAGCUGGUUUUCGUUGAACGCCGCAUGUGGCAACAUUAGUGCUCAGACCCGCAUACAGUCACCCUGUUGCUGAUGUUUAGCUGGAUCGCAUCACCUCUGAUACCUGAGCGAUUCCUGAGUUUCGUGAUCUGGACAAUGCUACUACUACUACUACUCUGGCGAAGGCGAAGGACAAGGCGCGCUUGAUCAAACGACGAAAGCGAUCCCGAUCGGGCCUCAUCGUUGACAGCCCCGACAACCAUUCAAAGAAUGAAGCCGCCCCGGCCAAAGGUUGACUCAGCAAGGUUUUGGCGCAGCUGACUUCGAGAGCAAGCGUCGAUGAUGGGCCGCAAUCAAGUUGACUACGCCAUUUCGCCCAUUUUUGCUCUUCUGCAGGGCGUCAUGUACGCGCUAGCAGCAGGGCCGUUGACCGUUGCAACGGUCCGUAAGGGGCUCGUCAUGUCACAUGCUUCAGUGGUACAUCUUCGUCGCCGGAAGCGGUUGGAAGCUCAGCGAGGUGUUGAUAAGGAUUGCACGCAUUGACCCAUUGUGAUCAGUUUCAUCAACGCUUCGAGCGGUCCAAAUAAAGGAGCGAUGCCGCGUCGCUGAUGGAUGAUCCGAAGGAGAGAGCGUUCAGAGUAGCGCGGUCGCGGUACGGCGCCAGGUGCCUGCACGAGGUUCUGUCGAGCUCGUCGUGAUCAAUCCUCGGCGGGCCCAGUAGCCACAGUCUGAUGGCAAAGCAGUUGCUUGAAGGCCAG